UCUCUGUUAGGACGUGAAGACAAGCCAGUGUCCUUGGUGUGCACGCAGAAGUCCUCCUGGAGUUCUCACCCAGACCUUCUGAAGAUGGAGCGGUCUACCCAGGAGCUGUUUAUCAACUUCACAGUUGUCCUGAUCACUGUGCUCCUUAUGUGGCUCCUCGUGAGGUCCUACCAAUACUGAGGGGCCAUGCCACACUCCCGGGAGUGACUGCUGUGUGCCCUGAGCUUCCAUUGCUCUGUUGACGUGGGAUGCUGCUCUUGGCUCCUCCAGCACCUCUGAUUCACACUCACAAUGCCUGUCACACCGCUGCACUAGGUCCUUGGAGGGUUUUUAUAAAGAUGCUGCUCUUGUAGGCUGUCCAAAGCUUGCCAGCCAGUGAGCCUUAGGUUUGUUCCCUAGCAAAUGUACUAUUCAAGCCACCAGGUUAAAAUUAAACUGGAUUUUUAUGAUGCCGAGUAACAACAAGCCACUGGUUUAUGUCUACACACAUCCCCCAACUUGCUGUCUGCCAUCAGACCCAUCCAACCCUUCAGAAGAAAUGUAGGAGGAUGUCUUUGCCAGUCCCUUGAGUUCCAUGUGAAUAAAAUUAAGCCACUCAUAAAAA